ACUGUUGUUUCGGCAGAGUAGUACUACUAAUUAAUGGCAGCUGGAUUGAAUCACCUAGUGGUCUUUUGGAGUGGACGGGGAAUCCAUAUCACGGUGGCGGUGAGCUUCGCAGUGCAGGUCACGCUUCAGCUCUUGGCAGAUAUUCGUCGACGCGCAGACUGGCCCAUGCUAAGGGCUAUCAUUUGGUCAGCGUACAUGCUGGCGGACACGACGGCCAUAUACGCCCUGGGUCACCUGUCCGUGGUUGUCACUUUGCCCGAGCACGGCCUUUUGGCGCUCUGGGCGCCGCUGUUGCUGGUGCACCUUGGUUGUCAAGAUAACAUCACCGCCUAUUCCAUCGAGGACAACCGGCUGUGGCUCCGUCACCUUCAGGCUUUCGGAGUGCAGCUCCUCGCAGCUGGCUAUGUGUUGUAUGCGUCCUCCAUUCUCUUACACCCGUCCUUGCUCCGCUCGGCCGCCAUCCUCAUGUAUGUGUUCGGGGUUCUCAAGUACGGGGAAAGACUAGGGGCGCUCAUUGGUGCCAACAGCUGUGCCAGUAGCAACCUAGUCAUCACCAGCUACAUGGAUUAUGGCGCUGAGCCGGCGGCUGGUUUUCCUGCAGACUACUAUCCUGAGGAAAUGGUACAGGAAGUCAACGAGCUAGUCAUAGCUUACUCACUGUUGGACAUCCCCAAGAAAAUGUUUGAGGGACCGACACGUUAUGUGAAAAUUGAGAACGAGACACGUUAUGGAGGAGCCUUUAUGUUGGAAGUGGUCGGGAUGCAGCUCACGAUGAUGUACGACCUCUUGUACACCAAGGCUGCGGUGGUGCACACCUGGUAUGGCUUUCUCGUCCGUCUCAUCUCGCUACCUUUUACUGUGGCUGCACUCCAGUUGCUCUAUGCAUUGAGCGACGAAGAUGGUUACAGAAGAGCAGAUGUCAUUGUGACCAAAGUUUUGCUCAUUGGUGCAGUUGUCCAGGAGGCCAUUUCAGUGCUGAGGUUCAUGUUCUCCAUGUGGUCAGCCGCACUGCUGCAUGAAAGAAAAUGGUAUUUGCUUGGCAGGUUGGCUCAGACACCUGAACUGAUCUUCUCCAAAUUAGUCUCGCAAAUUGCACGAAGUGAACAAACCUACUGGUCGGGCCACAUGCGCCAACAUAGCUUGUUUAAGGUGUCCCAUCACACUAAACACAGCAAAGGCAGCAGAAUCGCAAAAAGGAUGGGACUGGAGGACCUGUGGGAUUCAACCUUCUACUCCUGGUCCACUCGUGUCCCCAGAGAUAUCAUUCGCAUGGUGUUGGUCCUAGUGUCGACAACUGAAGCCAGACAGGUCGUUCCAUUACCUAAUGGUAUUGGAACUGAAGCCGGGCAGGGUGCUCCGUCUCAUGGUACCGGAACUGAAGCUAGGCCGGUUGGCAUCGAGAAAUCACGGGGCCGGGAUGCCCUAUGGAGACACAGCAUUUCCUUAGGGAAGGACCUGGCAUGGAGCGUGGAGCUGGAUCUGGAUGAGAGCAUCCUCGUGUGGCACAUCGCCACUCAUGUCUACAUCAAGUGGUACCGGGAAAAUAUUCCGAGUGGCACAACAAUGGAUGAGACGGAGAAAAUUCGGGGUCUUUUUGACGCAACAGACGCUCUCUGCAAUUACAUGUUUUAUCUGCUGGUCGGCCGGCCCUACAUGCUGCCUUACCCUGUUACUCGUCAGAGGUAUGUCCAGCUGUGCCAUGAUUGUAACACUCGUCUGAGAAAAAGACUCUACGUCAAUGCCCUGCUCGGUGCCAUAUUGGAACAGAAGGAUGCUUUGAUCAGAGGAUCUCCAAUUCAACCAAAUGCUGAUGGAGGCAUUACUGGUGUUUCUCAGAGCGGAGGCACUGCUCAGCCGUCGGUCAAUAAUAUAGGGGAGUCGAUCAACAACACACUUGACCUCGGAUGUAAGCUUGCGGCACAGCUGCUCAACACAGCGCAAAGAGAUGCUGGGGAUGCUCUUAGGUUACUGGAGAUGGUCUUUGAAGUGUGGGUGGAGAUGCUAUGCUACACGGCCUACAACUGCAACGAGAAAUCUCAUGCCAAAAAUCUGACAAACGGUGGUGAGCUCAUGACCAUCGUUUCCCUUAUGAUGGUAUACAAGUCAAACGGUUUUAUCAAAGACAAAAGCCGCCGCCGCCGGCACUAGUUCUUCCUCUUAAUUGGACCAAGUAGUACGCGUCCUGCCAAAUUGGAUGGGGGUGCUCGCAUCUAUCUUUUGAAACAAGUCUACAUCUCCAACGGUAUUUACUAUGCAUGCAGUCGUCUCGAAUAAUCGCUUGCUUCUUGUGGUUGUUAAUUCAACCAAGUCCUCGUCGAUGAUGAUUUGCACUGGACAGAUGUUGUACUAGGUUUCAUUUCCACUGAAUUUUGCAUUUUCUGCAGCCAUUCCACAAAGCUGUAAAACAAAUAUCUAC